AUGGGUAUCUCCAAGAUCCACGCUCGCUACGUCUACGACUCCCGUGGCAACCCCACCGUUGAGGUUGACGUUGUCACCGAGACCGGCCUCCACCGUGCCAUUGUUCCCUCCGGUGCCUCGACCGGUCAGCAUGAGGCUUGCGAGCUCCGUGAUGGUGACAAGUCCAAGUGGGGCGGCAAGGGUGUCCUGAAGGCUGUCGAGAACGUCAACACAGUCAUCGCCCCCGAGCUGAUCAAGGCUGGCCUGGACGUCAAGGACCAGACCGCCGUCGACAACUUCCUGGUCAAGCUGGAUGGCACCCCCAACAAGACCAAGCUGGGCGCCAACGCCAUCCUCGGUGUCUCCCUGGCUGUUGCCAAGGCCGGUGCCGCUGAGAAGGGCGUCCCUCUGUACGCCCACGUCUCCGACCUUGCCGGAACCAAGAAGCCCUACGUCCUGCCUGUUCCCUUCAUGAACGUCCUGAAUGGUGGCUCCCACGCUGGUGGUCGUCUGGCCUUCCAGGAGUUCAUGAUCGUUCCCUCUGACGCUCCUUCCUUCACCGAGGCCCUGCGCUGGGGCGCUGAGGUCUACCAGCAGCUCAAGAGCCUGGCCAAGAAGAAGUACGGCCAGUCUGCCGGCAACGUCGGAGACGAGGGUGGUGUUGCUCCCGAUAUCCAGACCGCCGAGGAGGCCCUUGAGCUCAUCACCGACGCCAUUGAGAAGGCUGGCUACACUGGCAAGAUGAACAUUGCCAUGGAUGUUGCCUCAUCCGAGUUCUACAAGGUCGACGAGAAGAAGUACGACCUGGACUUCAAGAACCCCGACUCUGAUCCCACCAAGUGGAUCACAUACGAGCAGCUGGCCGCCCUCUACGGUGAUCUCUCCAAGAAGUACCCCAUCGUCUCCAUCGAGGACCCCUUCGCCGAGGAUGACUGGGAGGCCUGGAGCUACUUCUACAAGACCCAGAACAUCCAGAUCGUCGGUGAUGACUUGACCGUCACCAACCCCAUCCGCAUCAAGAAGGCCAUCGAGCUCAAGGCUGCCAACGCCCUGCUGCUCAAGGUCAACCAGAUCGGAACUCUGACCGAGUCCAUCCAGGCCGCCAAGGACUCUUACGCCGACGGCUGGGGCGUCAUGGUCUCUCACCGUUCCGGUGAGACCGAGGAUGUCACCAUCUCCGACAUCGUUGUCGGAAUCCGGGCCGGACAGAUCAAGACUGGUGCUCCCGCCCGGUCUGAGCGUCUCGCCAAGCUCAACCAGAUCCUGCGUAUCGAGGAGGAGCUUGGCUCCAACGCCGUCUACGCUGGCACCAACUUCCGCACGUCUGUCAACCUGUAA